CGUAUCUGACCACAAGUCAUCACGUUACCGUGAUAUACGGAGCAAUGCAGCAAAUACCGGAAGAGAUAUGGCAACGAAUCUUUGUCUUCCUCCAGAAGAUGAGGACCGCGUCUUGCCAAACAAAGCGCAAGUAGACCAGAGAUAUUUUGCUCUUGCCCGCUUGUGCCGCAUUUGCACGGCAUUUCGACGGAUAGCAGAAACCGGCAACAGAUCAGCGAUUCGCUCUGAAAGUCGUGAUGUCUCUCAGACAACAGCCAGAGCGGCGCGAUGAAGUUCGUGGCAUCUCCGUGCCUACCUGGGAUAGGUCCAGUAAGGCUAGUCACAGAAUUAUAUCUCUUCACCAGGGUCUCUGGAGACUCUGGUCUCGAACGAAGACACUGCUUCCGAGCGAUAGAGACGUGCUUCUGUCAGUUGGGGAACUGGUAAGCCAGAGCCACAACGGAGUUGAGCUCACCAUAUUUCUUGCCAUUCUAUCGACACAACUAGAUAUACUUGGUUGUACUAUGACCCCCUGUUCUUGUUUCUGGGAACUCUUCAUCCUUAGCCGUGAGAAAGUGCCAUUGCAGGCGUUGGCCGAGCCCAACAGGGGUAUCCGCUUCUUCCCGAGGCUGAGGGAGAUCCGACUGCGCAACUACGACCUGGAGGAGACUGACACUCCGGCAGACGUCUCCGUCUACAAUCUUCAACUGUUGCUCGUCCACCCCACGCUCGAGACCGUUCAGACUCGGGGGUGGUCCUGGCGCAAGCAAGAUCUUCUAUUCAAGCAGCUAUAUCUAGAGGCUUUCACCUCAAGCGUGAGGCACCUGCAUCUCUUGGUAACCAUGAUCGAUGGCUCUGGAAUGCAGGACCUCUUUAUCUUCUGCCCCCUGGCUCGAGAGUCUGGAGAUUCGUCUAGGCAGCGAACUGUAUAUAAAAGGUGGUUCUGAUCUCACACACCUGGGCGAAGCUCUUAGGGAACACGGCCAGCAUCUGCAGAAGCUAACACUGCGUCUCCCAGACCUUAUGACUGGUGGAGCUGCAUCUCCUGCGUCAUUAUCUGUGUAUGGCGAAGGAGAUACAUGGACAGGCUGUAUCGGCUCCCUUGGCAGCCUAACGAAUCUGAGAGAGCUUAGUAUCUUACCGUCGGCGCUAUAUGGACGGGAAGUAGGAGUUGGAGAUUUGCCAACAGACGUCUCCUGGGCCGAGUAUCUGUCUAGCUCAUUGGAGAUAUUCCACAUGUACGGUUCGUUGGCCGACAUCCUUCGAGAGUACUCGUCAGCGCUUUCUUUCUUUCUUUCUUUCUUUCUUUCUUUCUUUCUUUCUUUCUUUCUUUCUUUCUUUCUU